GGGCGCAGUCUUCAGUUAGUACUGUUAUAACUUCAGCUCGAGGCUGACGUUGAACUUCUACGGUUCGUUCGUACAACGUGUGGAUAUGUAGACAGUUUCUAUGCGGGAGUUCAAAAAAAAUGUUCCCAGUAACAUUAAAUAUAAAAUAAUUUCCGAAGAAAAUCGAAAAUCGAAUGAGAAGUGUGAGAAAAAAGAAAAUUACAGCAAGUAAACAAAAAUCAAAUUGUGAUCGAAUAGAACGAAAAGUGAUAAUGUGAUAUUAUUAUAUACAUAAUUAUUAUUAUGUAUAUAAAAGACGAGGUGUGCUCAAAUGACUGUGAAAUAAAAUUUUGAAAUUUCUCUCUCGUGUGUUACUAUUAUAAAUAUUUGCUAAUGUAAUAAUUUUUGGUAAGCACGUGUGAAGGAAAAAGGAAAAAAAAAUGUUGUGCCUCAAAAAACGAAGAACUUACAGUUUCACGCAAGGAACGUGUAAUGAACUUCCGAGGAGAUCGAAAAAGGAUAAUAUGGAUAACGAAUCCUUGAACAUUGCCGUUACGACAUUGCCUCGAAAGCACAGGGGUCGAGAGGAGAGACCUGCCAUGGUUCUAACCGUGACAGAGGACACUCCGGCAGAUAUGUUGGCUGGAAGCAUGGAGCUUCUGGUCCAACUGCCAAGAGAUCACAAUGUUCAAACACAGAGAGUCACCGUACAACGAAGUACGCCAAUGAUGGACCUUCUUGUACAAGUGGCAACGGCUCACAAAUUGGUUGCUUCCAGUUACACCCUGCAAGCUAUUGGCGAACGGGGUAUGGUUCUACCUCAUCAACCAAACACACCAAUUGGAGCACUCGAUGCACUACAGGUUAAAUUACUUCCCAAGCAAGGAACAUUCUUAUCCCGUAAAACGAGGCAAGCCAACCAACCAUUCGAAACAACUUUUCGAUUACAGGUUCAUCUACCAAGAAAUCAAUUAUACGUUUCGAGAGUGAGUCCAAAAAUGAACUUGGGAGAUAUUCUCGAGGAAGUGUGCCGCGAGAAAAAUCUCGACAUGAAGAAGUACGAGCUUCGUCAUCCCGCAAAUCUGGAAGAAAUUCUAGAUCUGUCACUCUCCCUACAAGACUAUCAUCUACAAGAAGUGACACUCUACGCCAAACAAGGAAGAAUUAUAAGUGCAGCUCUCAGCUCACAAGACAUAAUGGCACUUCAAAAACAAGAAGAUCGACGACGUCAACAAGCGAAACAAAGUGUUUUUGGUUUUAUGUUCAAAAAAUCAAAGGAGAAUUCCUUGAGUACAGAUAGUCUUGGUGAACGAAGUGUAUCACCGGCAAGAAGUGACGAGACAGGUAGAAGUUCAAGUCCAAUGGCACCACCGCCUCGACCACUUCGUAAAAGGAGACAAGCGCCAAAACCACCAGUCUCAACGACGUCUGUCAUCGAAGAAACCAGCGACAGUGCAAAAGACAAAAUGGUCAUCAGUCACAGUCGAAACAGUAGCGACAGUUCCGGCUAUCAUGAGGCAUCAGUAUUGAGUGAUCAUCCAGAAUCCGCUGGACGAAUGCCGGAAACUCUUCCGAGAAGAGGAAAAACUCUAGACACCCCUAGAAAUCUUGCUCAAACCUCGCACGCCAGUAAAAGUCUAGGCAACUUGGCUCUUGCUUCCGGAGGACUUAGUCAUGGAAUUAGCACCACUUCUUUAAGUUCUACUGGUCAACGUAAAAAGAGAGCAGCACCUCCACCUCCGAUAGCAAAAUUACCAUCAGCAAUAUCAAGCCAAGCACUCGAAUGUAUCGUCGAUUCGGAAGAGUCCCUAACAUCGGACAUGGAACUAUCGAAACCAUCAUCAGACAUCGCAACCUCAUCGAAAGCAAAUUCCGACAUUGCCGUUCACUAUAAAGCCAAUUCAGACAUUGGUAUUACAACACUAUCGAAACUUAUUUCAAAUUCAAAAUCACUUUCCGAAUCCGAGGAGAACACCAGAAUACGAGAGAAAGAAGCAGUAGCAGCUGAAAAAAUUUCCGAAACGGACAGAAAAAUUCGCGAAACAGAAACUUCAUCCAAAGAGGAUGCCUCAAAACCUGUUUUAAACCACGAACCUGUAGUAACGAGUGCAAACAAACCAGUAGUUGCCAACGCUAAAGUAGUAAAAAGAGUCGCAGAAUACUGUCCAACACCUAAGCCACGUAAGCUUGUUAAAUCAAACACCGUAGAGCCAGUCUUGUCCGGAAUACCAAAACGCAAAGCUCCAUCUCCAUUAUCAGAAGAUCAACGCUUAUCUCAAGCAAACUCACCUGAACUAGUUACCUUUGAACAAUCAGUCGCUAACAGUAUCAAAAGCUUGGAUGAUGUUUUAAAUAAUUCUCUCCUCACUGACACCGAACUAACACUCGAAAACGAGAAUAACAAUCAAGACAAUAAUUUUGAAAAUAAUUCACCAAAACCGGUAAAUUUACCACAGGACACUGAAUUUCCAAAACAAGAGAAUAAACACCCAGAGAUCAAAAAAAUAGAAAAAUUAGACAAAAAAGAAAAAAAAGAACAAACAGAAGAAAAUCAAAAUGUACCAAAUUCGGAAAAUCUCGAAAACGAAAAAUUAAACCAAAAUGUCAACAGUUAUGAAUCAAGAGAUAAUGAGCAAACAGAAAAUAAUUGGGAAACACCUGCAAUAAAAUCAUCAAAUGAAAUUGACAAUAAAAAACGCUCAUGUAAAAUAAUCUCAACAAUUCCAAAGUGUGAUCAUCUUGAUUGUAUCGACUCUGAUGAUUUAGAGAUUUCUAAUCAGUAUUCAAAUAACGACACUGUCAAUAAAUCAGAAAAUGAUAAUUCUCAAUUAAUUGAGAAAAUAGAGAGUGAAAAGUAUGCCGUUGAUUUGGAAGAUAAUAAAAAAACUUGGAAAUCACCUGAUAACGAACAUGAGAUUCAUAAACGUACAAAAAUAUUUAGAAGUCAGUCGGAACUGAGUAAUUUUGAGAUAAAUACACCAGAGAGAAUUGGAAGACAUCUAACAUCACAUGCUGAGGAUUUUUUGUGUGCAUUCAAUACAAAUUUGUCAGCAAAUAUUUCCAAUUUAUCAUCACCACCAUCAUCAUCAUCAACAACAAUCACAAAUAAUUUUGAUAAGACUGAAAAUUUUUCCACUCAACACAAUAAAGAGGAAUUGGAAUUAAGGCAUUCUGAUAAAGAUUUCAAUUGUCAACGUAUUUUGGAGAAAUUAAAAGAGGAUGUGGAACAAGUGAAGCAACUUACACACAAUACAGAUUCGCCAGCUCGACUUUCGGAGACAGACAUCCUAUUACAAAAAGUAUCGGACACACUUUCCAGUGCCCUUCCACCAACUCCGCCACCAACACCUUUGGAAAGCUUGGAAGUGUCACGAAUUGUUGACUUAGAAAUCUCAAAAAAAGAACCAAAAAAACAAAAGACAAUUGUCGAAUCCCAAAAAUCCACUUGUCCUUCAGAAGAAAAGCAAUCAUCAUCAAAAGAUCAUAUUUCCGAAAAAUCAAUUAUUGGCACAAGUUCCCCCGAUGUCACCGUAAAUUCUCAACAAGACACUUCCGACUACGUGUCCGCUUCCGGAGAGGAUUUAUCAUUACCAGACUGGGAAUAUCAACUCCCAGCUCCACCGACCGCUUUCCGAGACGUCGAGACAUCAUCUAUUGUCAUUUCCGAAAGCGAUUGUCCCCAAAAACAAGAAAUUAUCCCCCCACCAAUUUCCACCGAUCAAACCGAUUCCACACUAAAUUUCCCUCAAAACCAAAAAUUCAAAUCAAUCGAAAAAUCACCAGAAAAUCUAAAAACAGAAAUCCCUUCCAAAAUGGAGAACAAAACAAGACAAAUUUCCCCAGAAGCCUACAAAUCAGAACUAAAUUUAGAACUAAAAAGAGAAAUGAUUUCCGAACUAGAGAGUAAAAUUGAAAUCAGAUCCCAACAACCGCAAGCAAAGCACGAAAUCGAAGAUGUUUCAACUCCAAAUAUCGCCCCGGUUGACAAUACCCUGUCGAAUUUCACCUUCACAACAUACGCGAGGCAAAAGAGUUUAAAUAUAUUCGACGAAAUCGAGGAGCAAAGUGUUCCACUGGUAAAGACGUCAAAUGAAAAAUCAAGAGCAACACUCACACUACAGCGGAACGAAGAAUCAAAAGACAGAAUGGCUCAUAAACCAAUCGAUGUAACAACAAAGGUAUUUAUUAGCAGGACACAAAGUAUCGAGAGAGUUACCACCCCACUGGAUUCGGAAUUGAGGCGACCUGAAUAUAAAACGAAUCAGCAGGGCAAUUUGAAUCGAAGACAAUCGUUAAAGAGUGAAAUCGAUAAACCCGUCACUGUCUACAGAUCAAAGAGUUAUAUCACAUUGACGAGUAAUGAGAAAUAUAAGGGUCACAGUAAUGAGGAGGAGAAUGAGAAGAUCACUUUAGAGGAGGAAAGCGAGAAGACAACGACUUCUUCAAAUAUUCAAAAAGCGACAAGUGUCACGAAUUUGAAUCAGGAUAUGACGCGAAGCAAUGAGAAAUUCUCGCAAUGGAGGGACAAUAUUUUGAAGAGGCAAGAGGAGCCAACCAAAGAGAAGCAACUACAGUCCCUACAGGUGCUUAAGAGCAUUUUGCCGCAGUUGAAAAACGCUCAACAGGCGGAAGAAAAUGUUCGCAAAAAUGCCAUAGAAAAACAACCAACUACGGAUAAAAAGUCAGAAACUGUACCCGAAGAAUCCUCGAGAGCAGAACCUAAAAUAACCACAACAACCAACGACGUACAAAUGAGAUCAGAAUUAAAAAAUCGAAAAGUCAAUCCCGAGAAGCGUUACACAUAUUCGGGACCACCUGCAGUUAGUUUGGGAAGCUGGUCCGAAAGGCCGUGUGUCAAUGUUCAAAUAAAAAUGGACACCGACUACAAAUUGGGCGUCAACAAUACCUCCGGCUCAAAAACAAUUGUCAAUCUCAACGGCUCACGAAACGAAAGAGAUCCAAUAAACACCCAAGAAAUCACAUCGAGAACCCUACCAAAGAACACAAUAAACGGUUUCAAAGAAAAGGAAACAAAAUCCGAGAGCAAUGACUUCUCAAAAAAAGCAAUAACCCAAACAACAAUUACCGCCUUCAAGAAACCAACAAUAAUAAACAAAAUGAAUUACACCGAUUCCACUGAGGUGAAGCCAAUCGUCACAAGCGUUGAAUUAAAGAAACUCGAUAAAUCCGAAAAUCACGAAAUCGAAACAAAAUCAAUAAAAUUCGAGGAACUAUCAAAAACAUUCGGUCAAGAGGUGCGCCUAAGAACAAAGCCAAAAUCAUCAAUUAGUCAAAAUCGUCAUUCGGAAUAUUUCGGUAGAAAUUCAGAGAUUGUCAAUAAUAUUGUUAAUGCUGGAAAUAAUAACAAUAAUAACAAUAAUAAACAAAAUGGUUAUCAAGAGGCAAAUAAUCACGUUACAACAUUUAAUGGAACGCAAAAUAUUCCAAUUAAAAAAUAUACGUCCGUCGUGGGUAUUAAUUCACAGAGUAACAAUAAUUUUCGAUUUCAAAAUGGUCAAUUAUCGAAAAAUAAUAAUGUUACAUCAAUGAGAAUAAAUGGUCCAAUGCCAAUUGUGAAAGGAUUCAAUGUUCUACCAUCGCAAAUCAGUACGGUAACUGUCAAGCAGAACGAAUCGUCGGUUGUUGAUUCAUCGAAAAAUGAUGCACGAAUACCAAAACCACCGACAAUGCCCAUCAUUACUGGAGUGACUUUAAAAAGUGCCAAUGCAAGACCAAAAUCAAUGCCUGUCAAUAUUGAUCCACGUGAUCAACUAUUGGAAUCAAUUAGGAAUUUUGGUGGUCGAGAUAAAUUAAGAAGUGCUGCCGGAAGGUAUUAAAUUUUCUAAAAAUUGUAAAAUUAUUCCAAAAGUAAGAGCUCAGUCAUAAUGUUACACUAGUUACGUAAUUAAGAGUAACUGUAAAAAUUUAAUUAAGUUAAUUAAAAUCACGCGAUGCCUUAUCGUUAAUUCAAAUUCUGCGCAUUUGUAAAGUUACUAAGUUAUCAGAUGUAAUCUCUGGUGUAGGAAACAAUUGUUAAAACAACGUUUCGUAUUUUUUUUCUCAAACUAUUUCCAUCAACUGUUUUUUUUUUCUUAAAAAUAAAAAAACCUACGCUCCAAGAGCUUGUAAAUAAUAUAUUAAAGUAAAAAAUUAAAAACUAACAAGUGCUCCAUUUGUCUGAUAAUAGUUAAUAAGUUUUUGCAGAAUUUAAAAAAAACAAAAAAAAUUGUAUUUUGUUUACUGUUUCGUACGAUUUUUUGCGUUAAUAAUAAUAAUAUAAUCGAAAUGAAAAAAAAAUUGUUCACGUUAAGUGUGUGUUGUUCGAAUGAAAUGUCAUUGUAUGACAAAUUGUAUUAAUUGUUUAAUUGAAUGUUAACAAUAUUUUUCUGUAUGACACUGUUCCCGCCCUAUUGUUCUUCGGGCAUUGACAUUCCACGUUAAAAAAUUAUUUAUGUAAAUUUGUGUAAAUCCCAAAAAAAACAUUUUAGCAAUCUAGGGAAAUUGCUAAUAAAAAUUACGCUCAGAAUUUUUCUUCCAGGUUUUCAAAUUUUCACGAGAAGAAAAUUAUUUUCUCACAAUCAGAAAAAUUAGAAAAUAUUUUUUGUUCCUUGAAUUCGAAAAGAAAAUUAGUUUCUUAAAAUUAGAAAUUCGUUAUUCGUUCAAUAAUUUAAAUCUAAUUUUAUAGUCAAAACAAUAGAAAAUCGUGAAAAAAAUUAAAAUUCCUUGAAAAAAAUCCUGAGUGACACAAGAAAAAAGAAACAAAAAAAAAUGUACAUAAAAACUUUUCAGAUUGAAAUAGUAAUUUGUAUUGUUGAAAAUUAUGUAUUAUAAAUAUUGUUUUGAAAAUAGUCAAUAAUCAUCGAUAUUGCUCAUUUUCCUUUUUUUUUUCUUUAUAGUUUGAAUGAAAUAUACCGUUCAAUCUUAGCUUUGGUCAUGUUUCAACGAGAAAAUAGGAAAAAAAACACUAAAUACCAAAGUCUAUCAAGGACGGAUGUAAUAUUGUGCAAAUAACGCUAAAUAGCGCUAAACUAACACAUUCUAAUCAUUGAAAGUAAACUCUUUUAAGUUUCUAUCAACGGGACCAAAGGUAACAUUCUUCUUAUUUUUAUUAUGUAUUAUAUAUACGAAAUAAAUUCAUAUGGUUAGAAAGACAAAAGAAAAAUUAAAACAUAUCUGCGCAAGAAAAAAAGGCUGAUAAAAGUCAAAUUACGAGAAAAAAAAGAAUUCAAAGGCCUAGAGUAAUAUUUUUAUGGUGAAUGUAUUUUGUAAUGUAGCAUAAAUGAAAAAUUCCGAUUUAUAACAUUCCUUGUACAAAAUUUCUGUCACUUUCUGUAAAUAUUUCUUCGUUUAAUUAUUCUUUAUUGUAUUGUUCAUAAUCGUUCAAUUAAAACACGAUAGAAUUUUCUU